AGUGUGAGUGAGAGUUUGGUGAAUAUUUUGUAAUCCCCAGAAUGCAGACAGUGGAGAAGAAUUGCAUUUUCUGCAAGAUUGUCCGCAAGGAGGACAGCAAAACUGUGAUAGAGCAUGAGAGUGACAAUAUUGUGAUAUUUAAGGACAUUAAGCCUGCCACAGAAUUCCACUAUCUUGCCGUGCCGAAGAGGCACAUAAAAAACUGCAAAGAACUUACGAUGGAGCACAAACCACUCUUGGAUGAGAUGAAAGAGAGUCUGGAGCAAUUGCUGGCGGAAAAGGGCGUCAAUGUGGCAGAAGAGGGACUUCUGGGCUUCCACUGGCCGCCCUUCAACUCCGUCAAGCAUCUCCACAUGCACGGAAUGGGGCCUCGAAGUCGCAUGGGAGUCAUCGGCAAGCUCAUCUUCAAGCCCAACAACAAGUGGUUUUGCACGAAUGAUCACGUAUUUGAGUGGCUGCGAAAUCAACCCUCGUCUUCAUAGUUAAAUCUUCCCAAUUAUAUACACGUCAGUAAGCAUGGAUUUGUGGGGAUUAAUGGGACU